AAUGGUUUAAAAAUAAAAGAGUGGAUUUGGUGAAAAUAUCCAGUAAUACAGAUAACAACGCAAUUUUAUUUUUAAAAUAUUGACAUGUCACACUGCUGUCACGAAUCAAUUUUUAUUUCUAAAGAGAAUAAUCUGGUGAUGGAUCCUUAUGUGAAAUAACUUGAGGCUCGUCGAGAUGUGCCUGUAGUAUUGUGGUGUCUCUUUAAAGGAAGGGGGAGUGUAGAAGAGGGACCGAGGAAAGAGAUGAAUAGAAGGCACCAGAACCACCUACCAUGACCAAGUGCGCUGUAAAUGUAGGACAGAAAUUCGAGUGGAAUACAAAAGGAUCAUCAAGCGACAUAUUCGAGGGAAAACCAUGUUUGGAUGUGCCUUAUCUGAUUCCAACAUUUUUAAAUAUGGCACCACAUGCGAUCACUGGAACACAGGGAAAGUGGUUUUCCUCCCAAACAUUUCUUGCAUUUUGAAACGGAAAAGAAGAGUGGCAGUAAAAUACAUCCCCGUGCUAUCUUUCUCCGAUUAUCAAUGGUAGGCAUUGCAUAAUUCAACCCUUAUCCACCGGAGCCAUUUGGUUCCUCCUCUUUGGGAAGAGGGGGACGCCAGAAAAAACGACUACAUCCAGUAGCUGCCUUCUCGGUGGUGCCUGCAAUUGUUUGGCAAUGCCCUUUUCUCUCAUAGGAAGAACUUGCAGACAGUAGCGGGGGAACAAGCGGGGGAAGGAUGCAUUUAAAGCUGGAUGUGUGCUGCAUUCAGGGAGAUUCGGCAAUAAUAGCAGCUCUAGCAGAAGCAGCGAGUGCGGAGGGCCUGGGAAGCACCCAGCCCCACUAUCUCCUCCUUUUCCUCCCCCCCUGCAGGACCAUGCUUGCGUGAGGGAUGAGGCUGUGCACAGGGACACCAGGCCAGAGCUGCGGCCUACUUCUCACAAGAGCCGGUCUCUCGACUGCAAGAUCUGUGAACACAUUGCCACCAUCAAAUCAGCAUCUUUGGUCAUCAGGUAGAUCCAGGAGCAUGAGCAGGACUUUGAGCUGCGGGAGCAGAUGUCUGGGUAUAAGCGCAUGCGGCGGCAGCACCAGAAGCAGCUGAUCGCCCUGGAGAACAGGCUAAAGGCCGAGAUGGAUGAGCAUAGGCUCCGGCUGCAGAAGGAAUUAGAGACACAAGCGAACAACACUUACAUUGAGCUGGAAAGACUGGCCAAACGCCACGCUGCUCAAACAGACAAAGAGAUGAAGGCAGUUGCAGCAGAAGAGAGGAGGAUCCAGCAACAGAUUGUUGCUCAGCAAAAGAAAGAGCUGACUACUUUCUUAGAGAAUCAGAAAAAGGAGUACAGGCUUUGCAAAGACAAGAUCAAAGAAGAGAUGAGCGAAGACCCUUGUACACCCAAGGAGGAGAAGCAGGAGCGUCUGUCCAGGCACAAAGAAACAAUACAGCGCUCUCAGGCUGAGGAGGAAGCUCAUCUAUUGGCCCAGCAGAGGCUGGUCUACGACCGGAGCUGCAGGGCCCUCAAACGCCGGAGUCUAGUCAGGAAGCACGAGUUUGAACAGGAGCAACUGAGAGAGGAGCUGAACAAGAAGAGGACCCAGAAGGAGAUGGAACAUGCCCUGAUGAUCCGGCAGGACGAGUCCACCCAGGACAUGGAGCGCAGGCAGCUGCAGAUGCUGCAGAAGUUGCGAAUUGAACUCAUGAGGCUGCAACACCAGACAGAGCUGGAAAACCAGGAGGAGUACAACGGCCGGCGGCAGAGAGAACUACACAGGAAACACACUCUGGAGCAGCGGCAGCAGCCCAGAAACCUCAAGACGCUGGAGAUGCAGAUCAAGAAACAGUUCCAGGAUACUUGCAAGGUGCAGAACAAGCAGUACAAAGCUCUUAGAAACCAUCAGCUGGAGGUUUCUCCCAAAGGUGACCAUAAGACCAUAUUGAAGAGCCUAAAAGAGGAGCAGACACGCAAGCUGGCCAUACUGGCUGAGCAGUAUGAGCAGAGCAUCAACGAGAUGAUGGCUUCACAAGCGAUGCGAUUAGACGCAGAGCAGGAGACAGAGUGCCAAGCUCUAAAGCAGCAGCUGAAGCAAGAGAUGGAGCUCCUGGACGCCUACCAGAGAAAAACCAAGUCGCAGAUGGAGACCCAACACGAGCGAGAGCAGCAGAAACUUGAGCAGAAGGUCUCCAUACGCAGAGCGCACCUUGAACAGAAGAUUGAAGAAGAACUGGCCGCACUUCAGAAGGAGCGCACUGAAAAGAUCAAGCACUUGCUGGAACGUCAGGACAGAGAAAUUAACGCUUUUGACACAGAAAGUAGAAGCCUCGGCUUUGGAAGCCUGGGAUCUCUGGACUUCCCCAAAGAAGACAACAGAUGAAAGUGGAUUUAUCUCUAGAGGACAACAUAUCCGUGCCCUUUUCGCGUCCACUUGACCCGUUUGUCACGCACCACGGUGGCAAAGCUGGAUAACUUUCUCUAUUGCUUUUCUUCUCUCUUAGAUAUUGCAUCUUCGAAUCGAGGUGUCACGUGCAAUGAGAACUUCUUUUGUGAAACUUGAAGGGGGAAAGUAAAACAAAAGAAUCUACAACAACAUGUCAAUAAAAACCUAGUCAGUGUAACUCAAAACUUAUGUGUUAAAAAUAACAGACUCUUUCCUCCAUGCCAUUUCCUCCUUUUGGUAUGAAUUGAAUAAAUCAGGAAAUUUUAGUAAAAUUGGCACUUUGAUAUGUUUAAGUAGAAUCCCAUCAUGUUCGUAUGAUGCUUAAUGUGUGUGUUACAUGGAGGGACAUUGUGGAAUGUGAGCUGCGGACUCCCCCGUGGUGUUAAGCUGCUUUGUCUUUUUUUUAUUACUUUUAUUUUAUUAUGUUCUUUUUUUUUAUUUUAUGCUCUGAAUGUGAAUAUUACUGUAUGGGGUCACUGGAUAAAGUCAGAGUUUAUUCAUUUAAAAUGUUAAAAAAACUUUUGGUCAUACUUCCAUAUUGUGCUUAUGCAUACAGUAUACUGUGGUCCCUCACUUUUCUAGGCAACAGUUCUUACCUUUUCUUUUUUUAUUUGAUAUGUAGGAUCAAUUUGGCGUUAGCUUGAUCAAUCCGUUUAUCUUAUCACAACUCAAGAUCCCACUUGGUAAAACUGCUUAUUAUUGCAUGCACUUUAAGGACAAAUUCAGGUUGUGAAGUGAAGCAUGAAUCUGUCAGAGAUUUUAGCUGUUUGUAAAUAAAAGCAUUUCUUUUUUUUUCUUUUUCAUUUUAAGCCUAUGGAUACUGGACAUAAGCGGCGCCAUAUUUGAUAUGAUAAUUUUCACAAAUGCCUUUAUUUAAGUUGUGCCUGAAGCAGAUUUUAGUUCCGUGUUUGUUAUAUUCUAUAUUUUAUUUACUGAGGCCGGCACCAUUUUGUUUUGGUUUCAUCUAAAACUUGUGAAUCAUUUAAUGUUCACUAAUCAAAGUUCUUGUAAAGGAAAAUGGUGAGAAUUGUGCUGUAUAACUUUUGAUAUGAAUAUUUGUACAUGAGAAUAUAGCUAGAACAUGCAGAGACACUGGUCUAUUACUGAUAACAGAGCUUAACGAUAAAGAUUUUGCUUCGUUUUUGUUUUAUAAUAUAGAGAUAUGGUCAUACGAUAGCUCAAUAUAUUGCUAAGUCAAAUCACUAGACUCUCAGAUUGUAUAAAUGCUGGUGGAUGGAACCACAGACUUCUUAUAAUAUCAGCACGGUGAUCGUUUACCGAUCGACGGCUCCACAAAAGCAAACACAACGUGUGGGUCCAGAUUGCAUUUGAGUAAUUAGUGUCUAAUGAUCAGAUUUACAUAUUUUUUGCCAUGUUCAUUAUGGUCAUUGAACAGGUUGCACAAUGUUUCCAUUUAUAUCAAAUGGAAAGGUAAUUGUUUGGUGCUUAAUUUCUAAUACCACCUUUAGCCUUGUAGUUUUUUGUCUUGGAGAGACGAUUGAUUUUUACAAAAUGUAAACGUGAAGCAUUUUGAAACCCCCUCUGAGUCAAAACACUACUAAGUUUUUCAAACGCUCAUGACAUAUUUAGAGUACCCCAUGCAGUGAAACCCUCUAAAAAUGAAGUAUAUGUAUGGAAAAAAAUAAAUACUAUUUUAUCACGGGUCAGUUUUUGAAACAUUGUUUAAUGUGGUGGUCUUGAAUGCAACCCUGUUACGUUCGGCAGGUAUUAUUUCACCUGUUUCCUCUUUUCAUUUGAGAGCCACGACUUGUAUUAAUGUUCAGUCAUGUUCCUCACAGGGCUGAAAGGUGGAAGACGUCCCCCUGAAUUUAACAAAGUAUUUUAAAUAGAGGAAUAUAAUGACAUUCUAUUUCUGAUGGCAAUAUAUAAAUGCUCUUGUUUUACACGUAGAAAACCUAAAAAAUUCUGAAUUUGUUCUGUUUGACCAGAGUGUGUUCUGACGUUGAAUGGCUCCUCUAGAUUUUUCAGCCUUUUACAUUUUCACAAACUUUCUGAAAUUUGAUGAAAAAAAAAAAGUUUCUCAUAUGCAGUAAGGCCUUUUUGUCUGGUCGCAUAUUACUGAAGCCUUGCGAACAAAUGGUUCCAUAAAUAAAAGUGCUACUGGGGUGCUUGAAUAAGGUUUGCCUGAGAGCUUCAGAACGGUUAUGAACCUUACAAUUUGUGUGAAUUUUAAGUUUACUAGAAAGAUGUAUUUAGUUAGAAUAAAAGGGGACUUUCCUAAACAACCUUAUUCACCAUUUCCUGUGCAGUUCAAAGACAAAAUAAAAGAGA